AUGCUAUUGUACUUCCAGCCGCCCAUCUUCGCCGUCCAGCCGGCGACGUGCAUCCAGCACGUCGUGUGGGCGCCGCCCGCCGCCUACUGCGCGGCCGUGUACACCGCGCCGGCCGCGGUGCACGUGUACACCCCCAUGGUAAGUGGCGCCGCCGCCCUCUCGCGCGGUGCCCAGCGCCCCAGUUUACGCAUCAGAAUCAUCUACUACGGCCACGGCCACGGCCACGGCCGCGGCCGCGACCGCGACCCCGAGCGUGACGGGCAAGGAGGGGGGGCCCUGUGGUGCCGCGCAGUGGACGCCACGUACGCGGACGGUGUGCCGACGGGCCCGCGGCUGAGGGAGGACAUAUCGCGCUGGGCACGGGUGCACGACGACCUCGCCGGCCGGGCGUCGGCGUGGCGGGAGGCCAGCAUCGCCGUCGCGGGGCCCGGGUCCGCGGGGCCCGUCCGGCGCGGCCGAGGCCGAGGCCGAGCGGACGCGUGUCCUGGAGACGAGCCUGGCCGACGGGCUGGCCGUCUUCUUGACCGUCUGCAUGGACGCACAUCCCACGGGCCCCGCGGGCGGCAGCCACACGCCGCCGGACUAAGUAGUACCGCCAGCCCGCGGGAUGGCUCGGAGCAGGGGCGAGUUGGCGUUUUGUUGGCUGCGCUGCGCUGCGCUCGUCUUCAAUUCCGUCGCGGCGUCGCGGGUUGUCUUGCCGCCGCCGCCAGGGACCGAGUGCUUGCCGAGUCAGAUAGACACCAAGAACAUAGGUUAUGA